AUGGCAACUACCCGCAAGCGAUCGAGUGAACAGGCUUCGCCGUCGGCGAAGAAGGCCAAGGCCGAGUCGAACAGAAGCAAUGCGAUUGCAAUUGGCGACCAGAUUCCCGAUGUGACGAUUCCGGACCAGGACGGCAAGGAGGUGGCUCUGCGCGACAUCAAGGGUGUGCUGGUGCUCUUCUCGUAUCCCAAGGCGAGUACUCCGGGUUGCACCCGGCAGACUCGGGGGUUCGGCGAGCAUUAUGCGGAAUUUGCCAAAUUGAAUGCGACAGUGUACGGUUUGAGCGCGGAUUCCGAGAAGGCCCAGACCACCUUCAAGACGAAGCUGGGGCUGCCCUUUGGUUUACUGAGCGACACAAAGUACGAGCUUCUGGGGCCGCUGGGAGGCAAAAAGUCUCCCAAGGGUGUCAUUCGGAGCCAUUGGGUUUUUGUUGAUGGCAAGUUGGUGUUUGCUGAGCAUGGCGUCAAGCCGGAUGCCAGUCCAGUGGACACUCUGGAGGCCGUCAAGUCUCGGACUGAGUCUGAGGCCGAGUCUGAGUCCAAGCCGGUGUCCGAGAGCGAGUCCAAGCCUGGGUCCGAGUCCAUGCCUGAGUCCGACGUCGAGCCCAAGCCUGAGUCCGACGCCGAGCCUAAGCCUGAGUCCAACGGUGAGCCCAAGCCUGAAUCCAACGCUGAACCUGACGCUGAACCUGAAUCCGAGGCUAAACCCGAGGCCAAGCCAGACUCUGUAUCUGAUUCCGGGUCCACCACUGAAGCCGAGGCCGAGAGCACCGGGUCCGAACCCGCUGCAAUCUAG